ACGCACAGCGGCUACACCUUGGGAGCUCCCACCCCCCUUCCCAGCCCCGCAGCCCGCUCGGUAUUUAAGCGAGCGACACGCGGGUGCCACGGGGGUGAAUCUUCAUGGGACCGGGCUGUUGAUCGGGUCGCUUGGGUUGUCCGUAAGUUGACGCUGCGGUUGAUUGAGGGACCUACUUCGGAUCGUCGUUGUUGGGGCGAAGCGAGAGGCGCGCGCCUGCCCGUGUGAGUACGGGGGGUGGGGAAGGGUGACAGGGUUACGCAUUCGCGUUGUACAUCGGCGAGGUUGUUACGCGAUUUAUUCCACGAACUUUUUUAUUUUGGGGCGACGUGACAUCUUUAGCCGAGCACGAAACGGUUGAUUCCACGGUUGAUUCCACGCGAAAAGAUCCGACAACCAGCCAGCCACCCAGCCAUCAACCCAAUAGUGACAGUCACACAACAAGCAACAACAACACGACGAUCGGCCCCGGGAGAGUCAGGGUAAAGCCAUGACGUAUAUGGCUCUGUCUCACCUGGUCUCGAUGCUACUGCUGCUGCUGCUACCUGCUCUCCCUUCCGCCCGGGCCGCGGGCAAUGAGCCGAGCCUGCUGCCUCCCUACUUCAACGUGGCCGAGCGUGCCAGUGCCAGCGCCACGGCGACCUGCGGUCAGGACGAGGAGGGCAGGAGCCGGGAGGACACGUCCUGCGCUCUGUCUGGGAGCGCCGCGCUCAGUGGACAGGGCAACCUGUGCGAGAUCUGCAGCCUGGACGACCCGGACUCUGCUCACCCGGUCAGCAACACCAUCGACGGCACGGAGCGCUCUUGGCAGAGCCCUCCACUCUCGCGGGGGCCACACUACAAUCACGUCAACGUCACCCUCAACCUGGGACAGUUGUUCCACGUGGGUCACAUCACGGUGAAGUUUGCCAACUCUCCCCGACCGAGCGUCUGGCUGCUGGAGCGAUCGGCAGACUUUGGACGCACGUACUCGCCCUGGCAGUAUUUUGCUCCCACGGAGCAAGAGUGCCAGCGGAGGUUUGGGGUUGCGGCCGACGAGCGCGUGAGCCGAGACGAUGACGUCACGUGCUCCACGCAGCACUCCGGCAUUGUGCCGCUCGAGAACGGCGAGGUGGUGGUGUCGCUGAUGGGCGGGCGUCCGGGCGCUUCGGACAACUCCAUCUCUCCCGCGCUGCGCAACUUCACGACGGCAUCGCACGUGCGACUGCGCCUCCUGCAGACGGGCACGCUGCCGGGGCACCUGUUGGCCAAGGCACACCAGGACCCGACCGUCACGCGCAGAUAUUUCUACAGCAUCAAGGAGAUCAGCGUUGGUGGGCGGUGCAUGUGUCACGGCCACGCGGACUCGUGCAGAGCGCGGAACCCAGCCAACCCCUACCGGCUGCAGUGCGAGUGCCGGCAUGGCACCUGCGGAGACUCGUGCGAGCGCUGCUGCCCCGGGAUGCAGCAGAGGCCCUGGAGCCCGAGUGGUCCCGACGGCGCCAACGCUUGCGAGCCGUGCAACUGCCACGGGCACUCGGACGAGUGCGUGUACGACGCCGAGGUGGACGCGCUGCGCGCCAGCAUGAACGCGAGCGGCGGCUACAGCGGGGGCGGCCUCUGCCUCAACUGCCAGCACCACACUUACGGCAUCAACUGCGAACGCUGUGAGCCGGGAUACUACCGACCGACCGGCGUGUCUCGCGAGUCCCCAGACGCCUGCAGACCGUGCGCGUGCAGCGGCGGAAAUCUGGCAAGCACUUGCGAGGAUGGCAGCGGUCACUGCCACUGCGCGCCCGGCUUCAGGGGAGACACGUGCAACCGCUGCGUCGAGGGACACGGCAGAUACCCGGCCUGUCGCCCUGUGGAGACCUCGGUGGAGAUGACCCCACAGAGGCGGCUGCCCAAUGUCCCACAGAGAGAUCAGCCCUCGGUGGAGAUGACUCCACAGAGGCGGCUACCAGGCAUGCCACCCAGAGCCGUGGAGCCCUCGGUGGAGAUGACCCCACAGAGACGGCUGCCUCAUGCCCCACACAGAGACAAGGAGCCCUCCGUGGAGAUGACUCCACAGAGGCGGCUACCGAACAAGCCGCACAGAGUCUCUGAGUGCAGGGGCCCUGGUGCCACCUCCAGCCACGUGGAUGCGAGCAGCGGCCGCUGUCGGUGCCACACGGGGUUCAAGGGGGCGCACUGCGAACGCUGCGCUGGAGGAUACUUCGGAUUCCCUCUCUGCCAGAUGUGCCAGUGCAGCACGGUGGGCACCCUGCCCGAGGUGUGUGACUCCACUGGACGCUGCCUGUGCCGCCCCGAGUUUGACGGGGAGUCAUGUGACCAGUGCGGUCCCCUCCGCCACUCCUUCCCACAAUGCCUCGGUUGCGCGUGCGACCCGUUCGGGGCGGUGGCCGAGGACUGCAGCGGCCAGGGCCAGUGCCGGUGUCGUCCCAACUUCGUGGGCCUGCGCUGCGAGGCGUGCGCCCGCGGAUUCUACGCCUUCCCCAGCUGCAUGCCGUGCGACUGUGACGUGCGCGGCUCCUUCUCCGGAGAGUGCGACGCGGCGUCGGGCGCCUGCAGCUGCCGCGCGGGAGUCUCGGGGCGGCGCUGCGACGCCUGCGCUUCAGGCACCUACGGUUUCCCCGCUUGCCAGGUGCUCUACUGUGACCCUGCCGGCUCAAGAAGCGGUUUGCAGUCGGCUCAGGCCGGGUGUCGGUGCCGCGAGAACGUGCAGGGAGCCAGCUGCAGCGUCUGCAAGUCCCUCCACUGGGACCUGCGCGAGAGCCACCCCCAGGGUUGCAGGAGCUGCCAGUGCGACAGGGAGGGCGCGCUGAGUGGGCUCGCUGAGUGCACACAGGAGACGGGACAGUGCCCCUGCAAGCCCCACGCUGAUUCCCGCACGUGUGGCCGGUGCCAGGAAGGCUUCUUUGCUCUGAAGGCCUCCAGCUACCUGGGCUGCCAAGCGUGCGGCUGUGACUUGGGCGGAUCGCUAGGUUCCGGCUGCGACGCCGGCACGGGCGCUUGCAGGUGCAAGAAGGGUGUGAGCGGACGCUCGUGCUCCAGUCCUCGCCAGGGCUACUACUUCCCCGGGCUGGAGCGGCUGCAUGUGGAGCUGGAGGAUGGACGAACGCCCACGGGGGACCCCCCGCGCUUCGGCUUCGACGGGGCGGAGUUCGCCAACUUCAGCGGGCGAGGAUACGUGAAGAUGUCGCCUCUUCAGGAAGUGGUGCAGGUGGACGUGGAGCUGGGCCCCUCCACCCUGGAUCUGUACGUGGUGGUGCUGAGCUACGUGAGCGCGCUGGACGUGCCCGUGACGGGCAGGGUGACGGUCACGCCGCGUGGGCCGCAAGCAGGCUCGGCGGUGCAGCAGGAGAAGGCCGUGGUGUUUGCUGCUGCUGCCGGGGGCGGCGGUGGCGCCGGCAUGGGGCCCGGUCGCUCCAUCACGGAAGCCAUCGUGCUGCGCCCCGGCUCGUGGACUCUCUCCGUCCACGUGUCGUUCCCCUCGUCCGCGUCAUCACCAUCAUCGCACUCAACCUCGUCGCCGCUGCUGCUGUUGGACCACGCGCUGCUGCUGCCCAGUGCCGGCGCUCUCGCCGAGUCGCCGGUCCUCCGGCAGGCGGCCUCUGACCCCUGCUCCGUCAGUCCGACCGCCGCCCAGCGUGCUCAGCUGUGUCUCCAUUACCUGUACCUGCCACUGGAGGGGUUCGCCAGCGUGCGGGGCAUCGAGGGCACGUACCACGGCACCGGCAAACAUCGCUCGCCCAGCCAGGGCCGCAAGGCCACGCACAGGCACCCCGUCAUGGCCGACGUCAGCCACAAGCAGCAAUCGCUCUACCUGGCCGUGCGGGCUCCAGAGGCCGGCCGCUACUCGCUGCUGCUGGAGUACGCGAGCGAGGCGGAGGCCGAGUCCGUGCAGGAGGCGCGUGUGUCCGUGCGCGACGCCGGCGGGGUACAGCAGUCGCUCAGGGCCAGCGUGCAGAUCCUGCCAUGCAACUACAGCUUCCUCUGCCGCGCUGUCGCCCUGGACCCGUCCGGUGGCGUGGCCUCGUAUGACCUCCCUGAGCAGGCCGAGCUGCACCUCACGGGCAGUGGCCUCAACUUCCUGCUGCACAAGGUGCACCUGAUACCCGUGCACAAGUUCAGCGCGGCCCUGCUGGAGCCCAGGGUGCACUGUGUGUCCCGUCAUGGCACCUACUCACCCACCGGCCACGAGUGCCUCGCGUCCCAGUUCCUGUUCCCGGCCGCCUCCGUGCGACUCGCGCCGACGCGCGACUCGGCGGAGAAGCCCGGCGUGGGCACGAGCGGCGCCGCGGUGUUCGGACCGAGGCCUCGACCCCGGAACCCCAAGACCCUCGCCGAGGGCAGCAGCGCUGAGCUCGCCCUGCUCGAAGGGGAGGAGAACCAGAUCCGCAUGAUCGUGCGGGUGGAGAAAUCGGGGCGCCACGUCUUCCUGCUUCACUACUUCCAGCCGGGGCAGCCCAGCGUCCACACCAAGGUGGCACUGGAAGCCAGCACUUGGUCCUGGCAUGGCUCCUUCAACGCCACGUUCUGCCCGCACGCGUAUGGCUGCCGUGGCGUCGUGGCAUUCGAGUCUCAGCUCGGCGUGGACUUGAGGGAGGGCCAGGAGGUGUCCAUCACUCUGACCAACCCCUCCGGCGAGGCCCUUUGGCUGGCGUACGUGCUGGCGGUGCCGGAGAGCCUCUUCACACCCUCCGUGCUGCGGGAGGAGCCCGUCGACCGAUCGCGCGACUUCGUCACCCUCUGCGGCGCCAACGGCUUCUCCAUGCGCGGAGACUCCGUCCCCGAGUUCUGCCGGGCGGCGGCGUCGUCGCUGUCGGCGUUGGCGGAUGACGACGGCGCCCGACGGUGCAGCUGCGACGCCGCUGGCUCCCUGCCCGGGCCGUGCCGCCCCCUCGGCGGGCAGUGCCCGUGCCGCCCUGGCGUCGUCGGACGCUCGUGCGACCGCUGCGCCGCGGCUCACCACAGCUUCCCCGAGUGCCGCCCGUGCAAGUGUGGGGGGCGGCUGUGCGACGAGCGCACGGGGGAGUGCGUGUGCCCCCCGCGGACGGUGCGGCCGGACUGCACGGCGUGCCAGCGGCUCACGUUCGGCUUCCACCCCCUGGCCGGGUGCCGCCCCUGCGAGUGUGAGGACCAGGGCCUGGCCAAGGCCGGGUGCGACCACGAGACCGGACAGUGCAGGUGCAAACCGAACGUGGGAGGGCAGCGGUGUGAGCACUGUCUGCCAGGAUUCUUCGGGUAUCCCGAGUGUCGCCCGUGCGACUGCGACGCAGCCGGGGUGUCCGGCGCCGGAUGUGACGCCGUCACGGGCCAGUGCCUCUGCAAGGAAAACGUGCAGGGGCGGCGCUGCGAUGUUUGCCGCGUCGGGACCUUUGACCUCGGCGCGGAAAACCCCAAGGGCUGCACGGCCUGCUUCUGCUUCGGCGUCACGGGGGAGUGCACGAGCUCCGAGCUGCGCCGAGAAACGAUCGCAAACAUGUCGGGCUGGCGGCUGCUGAUGGGCAGUGGGGGCGGCGAAGAGGAGAGCGUGCAGGUGAAGCACGACGAGACGGCGCGGAAAGCGGAGGCCGCUCUGAGCAAGCGGCACAUGGACGCCGAGCUGGAGCCGUACUGGGCAGCGCCGCAGGCCUACCUGGGCGACCAGCUGUCAUCGUACGGAGGGGAGCUGAGCUACCGCGUGCGCGCCUCUGGGGGUCAGGACGGACAUCGAACUCCACCCGGUGACCACCAGCAGCCCGACCUCAUCCUGCGGGGAAGCCACAUGAGCUUGGUUCAUCGCGCCGAGCGGCAGCCGGUCGUGGGAGAGACAUUCCACGGCUCCGUGCGACUCCUGGAGGACGGCUUCCAGCACGGCGCUAGCGGGCGCCCCGCGUCGCGCGAGGAGCUCGCCAUGGUGCUGCAGGACCUGCAGGCGCUGCUGCUUCGCGGCCGCACCCGCCCGGGACCCUCCCGCCUCACCCUCUCGCACGUCGUCAUGGAGACGGCCUCCGCAAACGCGUCCGGACCGCUCGCGCGGGGCGUUGAGCGGUGCCUGUGCCCCGCCAGCUACCGGGGAGGCUCCUGCCAGGAGUGUGCCCGCGGGCACUACCGAGACAGCCGAGGCUCCUUCUUGGGCCGAUGCCUCCCGUGUGACUGCAAUGGCCACUCGGACGAGUGCCAGGACGAGACGGGCGUCUGCAUUCACUGCGAUCACAACACGCGCGGGGACCACUGCGAGCUGUGCCGGGAAGGCUGCCUGCCCCGCGACGUGCAGGGCGACGAGCCCAGCAGCCAGUGCUUCCCCUGCCCCUGCCCCAUGACCAUCCGCUCCAACCACUUUGCCAUCGGCUGCGUGCAGAAGCCAGAGGGCCUGGAGUGUCUGUGCCGGGAGGGCUACGAGGGCAAGAACUGUGAGAGGUGCGCGCCGGGCUACUUCGGCAACCCGAUGGUGAUCGGCAGCGAGUGCAAGGCCUGCCAGUGCAACGGCAACGCGGCAGACGACAGCGGCAGCCCCGGCGUGCCAGGCGGCUCGUGCGACCCCGUGACCGGCCAGUGCCGCCAGUGCCGGCCCCACACGGCCGGCCCGCGCUGCCAGGACUGCGAGCAGGGUUACUACGGCGAUGCCGUCUUCGCCAAGAACUGCACCGCUUGCCGCUGCGACAAGUGCGGCAUGAAGGGAUGCGACGGCAGGAGUGGAAAGUGCAUCUGCAAGCGUGGGGUCAUGGGUCACUCCUGCAGCACCUGCGAGCCGGGCUACUACGGCUUCGACUCGUGCAAGGGCUGCGAGUCGUGCGAGUGCGCCGUCGCUGCCCUGGGCUCGCAGUGCGACCCGCGCUCGGGACGGUGCCAGUGCCCGCCCAGCGUGACGGGCCGGCGCUGCGAGCUCUGCCAGCCCGGCUACUGGAACUACGGCCCCAACGGAUGCCAGCGCUGCGAGUGCACGACGGGCUCGUGCGACCCGCAUACGGGACGGUGCAGCUGCAAGGGCGGCGUGAGUGGCGAGCAGUGCGAUCAGUGCAGCAGCCCUCUGGAAGUGCCGGUGCUCACAGCGGACGGCACCAUGCAGUGCGACAUGUGCGACGGCUGCGUGCUCACCCUGCUCAACGACAUGGACGGCGCCGGCAAGUCGCUGUCCGACAUCAAGAGCAUCCUCAAGGGCGUGAGCAUCAGCACCGUCACGACCGUGCGCCUCAACAAGCUCAACUCCUCCCUCCUGCAGGCCCAGAAAGACCUGUCGCGCUACAAGAAGUCCGUCACCGAUCAGAAGAAGAAGGUGGACGUGAUGGAGACCGACACAAUGGACUUCCAGAUGGACAUCAACGCCCUGAAGGAGCAGGUGGACAGCGGCGCGCGGCGCGUGAAGGCCCUGGAGGCGUCGCUCGAGCGCACGCACAAGCGCGGCGGCAGCGUCAGCAAGACCGUGGACAGCGUCGUGCGCUUCAUCCAGGAGUUGAUCUCGAAGGCCGGUGCAGGGCCCAGCGGGCUGCCUCUGCCUGCCGAGGAGUUCCAGCGGAAGCUGGCGGAGGCCGAGUCGCUCGUGCGGGAGAUGAGGAACAGGAAUUUUGACAAGAUGCAAGACGUGGCCGACGAAGAGAAGCGGCUUGCGGAGGAUUUGAUGAGUCGCGUGCGGAAGGAGUUCUCCAAGCCGCUGAAGGACCUGGCGAGCCGGGCCAGCGUGGCGCACGACAACCUGGAGAAGUACGACCGCGUCCUGGCCGACCUGCUCGAGUCCAUCAACGCCGCGCGCAACCUCACCAACCACGCCAACACCCUCAACAAGGCCAACCAGGCCGCCCUAGACCGCAACCAGCAAAAGGUGAAGGACGUGAGGCAGGCGGCGGGCGAGGCGAACAAGUCCCUCUCCGACGCUGAGAACGUGCUCGGCCAGGCCUACCAGAUGAUUCAGCUGCUGGAGGCGUCCCGAGUGGAGUAUGAGAAGCUGUCGGCCGAGGUGGAUGGAGCCAAGAACCUACUCCGGGACAAGGUGGAGAAGAUGGCGGAGGGCGCGGCACAGGAGCCGUUGGUCCGGCGAGCGGAGGAGCAUGCCAAGCGCCUGCAGGAGCUCGCCGACAACCUCAAGCGGCUGCUCAAGGACAUCGACCAGAACGAGUACAUCCAGAAGGCCAUCCUGGCGUCCAAGGCCUACGAGGACAUCAUCAAGGCCCUGAAGGAGACGGAGGAGGCUGCCGACCAAGCGCUGCAGGCUGCACUGAAGGCCGAGCAGGACGUACAGCGGGAGAACCUCCCGAAGAAGGCGGCCGAUUCGAAGAAGGCGAGCGAGACACUCAAGAAGAAGAUCGAGGACAAACAAGGGACGAUUAAGGACCUGGAUAAGAAGCUGCAGGGAAUCAAGGACACCGUGAACACGGCUAAGGACAAGCUGAAGGCUCUGACGGAUGCCCUGCAGCGCGCCAAGCAGGACUUGGCCAUGGUGAACCGAGGCAACAUUGACGAGGUGCUCCGCAAGGCCAAGGAGGACGCGCAGGCCGCGGGAGACCUGGCCAUGAGCACGGAGAACGAGGCCAACAGCAUCCUCGAGGAGGCGAAGAAGCUGGCCGAGAAGAUAAAAAGCGGCGCCGUCGACAGCCAGGGCUUCCAGCUCGCUUUCAUCGAGGCCACCAAGAAGGUGAAUGACCUGACGGACCUGGUGCCCGAGCUCCUGAAGAAGCUGGCCGAGCUGGAGGGCAAGAACAUCAGCGCGGACGUCGCCGGGAAUCUGAGCAACAUUCGGGAGAUCAUCGAGGCGGCGCGGCACUCGGCCAGCCUGGCGAAGGUGCCGAUGAAGUUCAACGGCACUUCUGGGGUGAAUGUGCGGCUCGGGUCGCCCCUCGAGGAGCUACGGCCCUACACCUCGGUGGCGCUCUACCUCCUGGACGCGGAUCCGGCGCGCGGGGACGACACCACUGGUGACGACAGCCGCUUCCUCUUUUACCUCGGCAAAAAAACGGAUGGAGGUCGCAGAAAGCGCCAGGCGGAUUUGGGUGACUACAUAGGAGCCUUCCUGGAGAAGAAGAAGGUGGUGUUUGUGUACAACUUGGGCAUCGGUGACACCUUCCUACGGUUCCCCGAGCCCGACGCCAUCAUCAACCCUAAGGCUUUCACCUACGUGAGAUUCGAGCGGAUCUAUGAGCACGCCCAGGCAGAGUUUCGUCAAGACAAGCGGAUAUUCAAGACCAUGUCUGUCGCUAGCCGGAAGGACUACCUGCUGGACCUGGACCCGGCCAACACCGUGCUGUAUGUGGGCGGUGCUCCUGCUGGUGCUCAGCUGCCCGCGGCCUUGUCUCUGCCGAACUUUGUGGGGAACCUGGAGCUGGCCGCCAUUAACGAGAACAUAACGAGUCUCUACAACUUCGAGAAGACGUACUUCAUGAACACCGUCACCGAUAAUCCAGCCAAGCGCUACAAGGACUCGCCGGAAGUGAACCCACAGACGUACUAUUUCGACGGCACUGGGUACGCCGAGGUGCCAGUGGACGCCAGCGGCAGCCGCUACAACUUUGACUUCGACAUCCGCACGUCGAUGGAUGACGGCAUCCUGCUCUUCAUGGAGAAAGACAACAAGUUCAUGUGCCUGUCCAUCUACAACGGGCAGCUGCAUUUCGUCUUUGACUUUGGCGCUGGCCCCGUGGUGCCCAAGUAUUCGUCUGUCAUCAAGGUCCACCAGAAGGACUACUAUGCGAUCCAGCUCAACGUGUACCAGUCGGUCAGCAAAGUUUCCCUCAACGUGGGGCCCAAGUCUGAGCGGCUAUUCUUCGACGUCUUCAGCCCGGAGAUCCAGUCCCUGUGGAGCGUGGUGGGGAACACUGCCUACAUCGGCGGGGUUCCCAAGGACCGAAUCCCAGACAGCAUCAAGCAAUACCUGCCGGUGCAGACGUCCUACAAGGGCUGUAUGAAGGCGCUGAAGGUGAUGACCUCGGCUAUUGCGCUCAAGCAGAUCCCCACGUCGGGCAUCAUCUACGGCUGCUACGACAACUUCAUGGUUUCCCGUGGUGCAGAUUUCACCGGUACAGGUUACCUGUCAUUCCAACCCGAAGGUUUCGAUGCCACCGACUUUGAGUGCGGGUUGACGUUCAAAACCACGAGUCCCUCCGGCCUCCUGAUGGGCUCUGCCGACAGGGACCUGCAGAUCUCCAUGGUCGGAGCAGGCAUCGUGCAGCUGAAGCUCGGUACCAUCACCAUACGGAGUGCCUCCAAUGGGUUUAGCGAUGGCCUGCCCCACUAUGUCAAAGUCACACGCCAAGGCAACACGGUUCGAAUGGCGGUCGACAACAAGUACGAGCCGGACAAGGAGACGGCGCGGAGAAGGCGGGCGAGCCGCCAGGCCCCUAGGCAGCUCUACUUCCUGGGCGGCUACGCUGAGGCCUCUGCCUCCAGGUUCAACGGCUGCAUCGCCAACGUCUACAUCCGCCGACCUGGCGAGGAGCACGUGGAGGACCUGCACAACUACGUGGAGAAGCUGGACGCGUCUCUGGACGGCUGCGUGGGCAGCCUGCUGGCAGCGCCGUAAUGAGGCACCAGGGGCUCACUACGCAGGGGGCGGCCACUGACCCCUGCCCACACCUCCUGCUCAGGGCUGGGGGGCCUCCAAGGAGGACAGCUCAUUCUCACCCCCACCGUGAUGGGACCCACGCUUCCAGUCAUGGGCAAUGCCACCGCUUCACUAGUAGAGGGCAGUGCGUGGUGGGGAGGGGGGGCUGCCUAACUGACUCCAUGAUCAUGAGGGAGGGCGAGGGGGGAGUGGGAUGGAGUCAGGGGUGAGUGGGGGGGGCUAACGGCAGGGCUUAGGGAAUGCCAUAAAUGUUGAGUUGGAAAAAAAUCGGUGACUGUCCUGUGGGGACACUAUAGCUGAGCGGAUAGGGCACAGAAACAACACAGUUUAAUCCCCGAGUCAGAAUCUGGUUUGUUUUUCCCCAUCCCCUCGGCUACAUUGUCUCAAUCGAGCUACUUUGUUUUGUUUUAACAUUCUUAAAAACUGGUCGUACGUACGAUGGAUAUAAAUUUUACAGGACAAAAUUUAUUUGAUUAUGGUAAUAUCAAAAAUGAAUUUUACUGAGUAAAACAUUUAAGCAUUUGGCUUCUUGCCCACUGUCUCAAGUCGGAGGGAGAUAUUCCCUCAGUCAACAAGGACGGAAUGGAGCGUGCCUUUUCUUUCAGGGGUAUUUUUUUUCACGUUAUUAUGAUUUGACACGUAAGGUUUUUAUCUUCGCGGGCAAUAUCAUUAUUCAUAAUUGAUUUUUGAGUUCAGGCACUUCAUGAUGUGACCCAAUUUCCAUCGUUAAGAUCUUUCACCAUCCGAUAUAGUUAAAAUAGAUGCAAUCGGCACGUGUUCUCGUGUUUAACUUGCCAAUUAUGAUUGUUUUAGCUCACCUGUAAUUUUAAAAACUCUUUCACAAACAAAUUUCGCAAUUAGGAAAUUCCUGGAUUAUCCAUUAUGCGGCCAAACCUAAUACUCAAUAAUGAGUCAUUGUUAUUAAGUGAUGGUACCACUUGCACCCACACUUUCCACAGUCCUAAGUACUCAUUUCACCCUGCCUAUGUCACCCUCGCCAUCGUCUCUUCUUGAAAAAACUACCAAAGAAUUAGCUGCGUGGGAGAAGCCAUUCAUAAAACAGUGUUCAUAUAUGACGUAUGAUUAAUUUUAGAGAGCUGUUAUAUGAUGUUUUCAUUUUCUGUUGGUACAAAAGAAACGUUUUGAGAACUGGCACACACAGGGCAAAUUUUACAGCCUUUGUGUUAAAUGUUGUGUUGAUACGAGAGGGAAAAAAAACAAUGUGAGGUUUUAGAGGGCACAAUAAAACGAAGAAAAUCUUAAAAGCCACCGCAAUAAAUUGAGAUAAUGCAGGCACUUUAUCUCCGUACGACAGCACAUGCCGGUGCCUGGGUGUUUUGACGGCAUUUUCUCAGACACAAACAUAAGACAAAUCGCAUCCGGGCUGAAAUUUGGCCUCAUGCCACAGGGAGGAUUCCUCGUUCGGUCAGCGAAGCGCGUUCACUCAUGCGAGCUCACGGCCCAUCCCGUGCCAGCAGGGAGUGCUGUCAAACAAAGCGCCGGACUGGUCAGUGCCUCGUUCACCGGGCCUCGUUUCAGUUGUGACGGACAGGUGACUACGGAGGGAGCGGAGGGGGGUGGGGUUAUUAACGCGUGCCUGGUGAAAUGACGCCAAGGCCGUGUUAUCAUUCCAUGGUCACGUGCCACUAAUUUGUGAUUUUAAGAUGGUUUUAGAAAUUUAACAGCAGAACGUCAAAAACAGAUGACCGGUAUACGGUACAUUCAGGAAUACUGCAUAUUUCGGUUUAUGCUUAUGCAAUUUUACUGUUCAGAAUAUCAAUGCGACGCAAACAUGUUAUACGGAACAAACAACGCUUUUUUUAUACUCCAACAUUUUCCCAAGUCGGUGUAGUGCCAUUGUUGUCCAGAGUAUUUUUAUUCUAAAUUCUAUGUUUUAUAUAUACGUAUACAUUGUCAGUAAAUUAUCGAUUGAAUCGUUGGUAGAUGAAUGAACUUGGUGAACUGAUGUACAUUUUACGCUCGACAUUCACACGCGGGAUAUAUUGCAUGAGUGGGAGCGUUGGGCGGGAGGGGGGGUGCGACCGUGUGUGAACAAUAUCAAGGUGCUAUAUUUGUAAUAAUUGAGACGCGUUCGACGCCCGUGCUGUCGAGAGUUGUCACGCGUUAAGUUGUUUUCUUUUUAAAGCCAACGGUAUAUUGCACAGACUGUUAAGGGUAUGAAUUCUCGUCUAGCUCAUACUUUGUGGUGCACACUCUGCGCCGGUAGAGUUUGGAAGUCCACGCCGGUUCUUCUUAAAGCGAGCGAGCACCGUCGUGAGUGGUGUGAGGUUUCCCAUGUGUGCGUCAUCGCCCGAGUUAUUAAGCCCGAUGCUGGGGGGGGGGGGCUGCCAGGGGACAAUCGUCCCAUCUCUCUUUGUUAUUCUCGCAAAAUAAAUGCAAAGGGAACAUUCGA